AUGGAUAAGUCACAGGCAUUGGCUGCAACAUUGUUGCUUGUCAUGGUGGUGUCCCUAGCCGCACUAGAGGGUGUUCAUGGCAUCUGUGGCAUGUCGAAUGAUGAAUUCAAGCUUUUCCAGCCUGCGGCGGCAGUGAAUAACCCAAAAGACAGUCCGUCAGCUGAAUGUUGUGAUGCGCUUGGGAUGGCCAACCUAUCAUGCAUCUGUCGCUACAAGGGCAUCGCCGGCAUAUUGCUGAGAAUGUACCACAUCGAUGCAAACCGCGCCAUGGCGCUGCCCGGCAAGUGCAGUCUCACCAUGCCGAACAACUGCUCGUGAUGAUGAGAUGUACUACCUAUAAGCAUCUAGGCGCCGGUUGCUCUACAUCUACAUCUGCAUCAGCACUUAAAUGCAUGGCUAAAUAAGUGGAGGAGCACUUGAAAAGGCAUUGUGCUACUCGAUCUUAAUUUUGUGUUAUUGGAAGUGUGAUUAUCUUAUUAAGCUCUUGAUAAAAUAGUACGCAGGAAA